UUAGAUUCCAUCUUUGGUUUUCUCUCUUACUCCUGAUCUACUAUCUAUGGAUCUUUACAACAACACGUCUAGUACUCUUCCCUCUUGCUCUCUCACUCGCCUCUACAACCCUCACCUUAUCUCGAUCUCCUCCCACUUUCUCCACUUUUCUCUCUUGCUUUCUAGCAAGUUCAACCCAAUCAGAUAACUUAGCUGCACAUUUGAUGGCUCUGAUCCUUUAUUGUUGGGGACACCAUUGUAAUUGGAAAAAACUGAAACCACUCCAACUAGGGAAGAGAAAGAUGAUUUUAGUUAAUAAUGAUGUAAGCAAUAGGACAAAAUUCUCAAGUUAAAAAACAGGUUCAUCUCCACAAACUUGUUUCCAUGGAGGAAGUAGCUGGUUUUGUCUGAGCUUUUGAGAGCUUGGUUUGAAGAUAGAGAUAAAGAAAAAGAAAAGUUAGGAAAGAUUUUGCUUUAUCAAAGCUGCAAAAUGCCACCAGUUCCUCUUGCUCCAUAUCCAACCCCUCCAGCUCCCUAUACACAACCUUCUAAUGCCACACAGAGCCAACUUGUGUGCUCAGGAUGCAGAAACCUUUUACUUUAUCCUGUUGGGGCAACCUCUGUUUGCUGUGCUGUUUGUAAUGCAGUUACUGCUGUACCGCCACCCGGCACAGAAAUGGCACAAUUGGUGUGUGGAGGCUGCCACACUCUUCUCAUGUACAUCCGUGGUGCCACGAGUGUCCAAUGUUCUUGUUGCCACACUGUCAACUUAGCUUUGGAAGCGAAUCAGGUGGCGCACGUUAGCUGCGGGAACUGCAGGAUGCUACUGAUGUAUCAAUAUGGAGCACGAUCAGUGAAAUGUGCAGUAUGCAAUUUUGUAACAUCAGUUGGGAUGUCAACGAGUGCAAUCGAUCAAAAAGCAUAAUAGCUAAAGUUAUCAUAAACAUGGUUGUCCAAAAUUCGACAACUGCGGCUUUGCCCAAUAUUUGUAAUGCCCUCGAGGGUGUUUGUCUUGACUUGACAAACGGAGGUUCCUCAUCAUAUUCACUUGUAUAGAGCUGUAUUUCUGCACGUGAACUUUAAAUGUUGCUAUUUUCUUCAUCUUCACAGUGGUUUGAUGAAUGCUUUAAGUAGUUUUGAGAAAAUAUAUAUAAAUAUGGUAGAGAGACAAGUUCUUAUACUGUCUUGAGUGUAAUAUAACUGUUGGAUAAAAAUGGAUUUUGGCUUGUUUUUUUUUUUU